AUGGGUAUCGACGCCGGUUUUGAUAUGGUUCCCCGCCUAUCUGAAAGUGCAGUGGAUAGGAAGAGUUGGCAAUUUUUAAUUGAAUUAAUCAAGAAACAAUACGAGAGUGACGGCCUGGUAGAGGUUAGACAUAAUUACAUCGUCUUUAAAGCAGGCGAGCAUCCCAGGCUUCCAUUUGAAGGCCACAAAUUGUUACGAUUCAGCUCAAAAAUCUCAGGCCGCUGUGCUGGCGGGGUCAAGGAUUACAUCGAUACAGUGACCCAGGUUGCAAAGCUCCUUUUUGGAUCUCGUGUCCGUAAAUGGAGUGAGAAUUUUGAUGAAACAGAAUUCUACAACUGGCAAGUUGUGCAUGAAUCGUUCAGGUCCUAUGAGCAGCCUGGGGAACUAAACAUCCCGACAACGACUGCUAAGUACUUGUCUGAGAACCAUUCAACGAUUGGGCUGGACACGAAGCUCUUCAGCAUCGAGCAAGUUCCAGGAAAAGGAAAGGGUUUGGUAGCUCGCUUCAAUAUCGAUACCGGAACACGAAUUGUUUCUGAGAAACCUCUUUUCACAAUUACAAACCUGUCACCAAUAAGCCUACUAGAAAGUACAAUUGUUGCCAAACUGAAAGAAUUGUCAAAACCCGAACAACGAGAAUUCCUCUCCCUCCACAACAAUCUCCCCGGAAAAUACCCCUUCAGCGGCAUCGUCAAGACCAACGCUCUGCCCUGCGGCCCCGACUCUAUCGUUGGCGGUAUCUACCCUACUAUCUGCCUCAUCAACCACGAGUGUACCCCCAAUGCCAACCAGAGCUGGAAUCAAAAUCUCAACCGUGAAACCAUCCACGCAAUCCGUCCCAUCAAAGCCGGCGAAGAAAUAACCAUCUCUUACGAUACCGGCAAUGAGACCAGCACCCGACAAGCCCAUCUCAAAAGCUCUUUCGGCUUCAAUUGUACCUGCACUCUCUGUAGCUUCCCUCAACUCGAUAUCCAAGCGAGCGAUACCCGUCGUCGAAACAUCGAGCUUCUGGAUAAAGCCAUUGGAGAUGCAGGACGAGUGAUGAUGCAGCCCGAGAAAAGUCUAGCAGAUUGUCACAGUUUGCUACGACUUAUCGAGGAUGAGUAUAAGGGUGCAGCGAGUGUAUUGGUGGCGAGCGUUUAUUAUGAUGCUUUUCAGAUUAGUGUCACGCAUGGUGAUCAGGCGAGAGCAAGCAUUUUUGCGGAGAGAGGAUAUAAAAGGAAGGUUGUGUGUGAGGGGGAGGAUAAUCCUGAGACGGGGAGAAUGAAGGGUUUUAUGGAGAGGCCGGCGAUGCAUAGGAAUUUUGGGGCGUCGAGUAGGUGGAAGACUUUGAAGGGGUUGGUGCCUAAGGGGUUGGAUGAAGAAGAGUUUGAGAGGUGGUUGUGGAGGGAGGGGAGAUAG